GUCUGGGGGCCGAGCCGCUUGCUGCGGAAGCGCGUGGCGGCGGAGGCUUACGGUGAGCGGCGCCGGCACCUUGGGGAUAGCGGGGUACCGAGAGGUAGCGCCGCAGGCUGCGCACGCUCCAGUGGGCGCGGGCGCGGGCGCGAGCUCCGGCCGUGAGCGGUGUCUAGGGGCCCCAGGAUGGGCAGCAGCUCGCUGUCGGAGGACUACCGCCUGUGCCUGGAGCGAGAGCUGCGGCGCGGCCGCGCAGGCGUGUGCGGGGACCCCUCGCUGCGCGCCGUGCUCUGGCAGAUCCUGGUAGAGGACUUCGACCUGCACGGCGCGCUGCAGGACGACGCGCUGGCGCUGCUCACCGACGGGCUCUGGGGCCGCGCCGACCUCGCGCCCGCGCUGCGCGGCCUGGCGCGCGCCUUCGAGCUGCUGGAGCUGGCGGCUGUGCACCUGUACCUGCUGCCCUGGAGGAAGGAGUUCACCACCAUCAAGACCUUCUCCGGGGGCUACGUGCAUGUGCUGAAGGGCGUGCUCUCCGAGGAGCUCCUCAUCCAGAGCUUCCAGAAGAUGGGCUAUGUGCGCAGAGACAGCUACCGCCUGACCGUCGCCGCCCCACCCCCCGCCUGCCAGCUGGUCCAGGUGGCCCUGGGCUGCUUCGCGCUGCGGCUGGAGUGUGAGAUCUUGGGGGAGGUGCUGACCCAGCUGGGUACCAGUGUGCUGCGAGCUGAGGAUCUGCUGCAGGCACGUCGGGCCAGCGGGGACGUGGCCUCCUGUGUGGCCUGGCUGCAGCAGCGCCUGGCCCAGGACGAGGAGCCACCACCCCUGCCCCCACGGGGCCACCCUGCCACAUAUGGGGCACCUCUGGACCUGUACCGGGACCUGCAGGAGGAUGAGGGCUCAGAGGAGGUCAGCCUAUACAGAGAGCCCUCGCCUGGCCCUGACUCACCCCCCGGGGAGCUGGCGUACCCGCCACCGCUCUGGGAACAGAGCGCCAAACUCUGGGGCAGCAGGGGCCACACCUGGGAGCCCCCGGCUGAGGAGCUUCCCCGGGCCAGCAGCCCACCCUACGGGGCUCUGGAGGAGGAGCUGGAGCCUGAGCCCUCUGCCUUCUCCUUCCUCUCACUGCGCCAUGAGCUGAGCCACCCUGGGGACCUGGCCACUCCCGAAGCCUCUGGGAGCCCAGGGCGGGCCAGUCCCAGGCAUGGGCGGGUGGAAGGAACACCAGCCUCAGCCUAUGGCCCCGCCUCUGAACCCCUGGGAUACCAGGCACACAGCUGCCUGGCGCCCGGUGCCCUACCCACCCUGUGUUGUGACACGUGUCAGCAGCUACAUGCUGCCCACUGCGUUGCACUGCCCACCUGCCGCCCAGGGCAUUCACUGCGGGCACUGCUCAGCGACACCCAGAGGCGCCUGUGGCUACAGCGUGCCCGGGUAGAUACCCUGCUAUACGACAGUGCUGGGGCCCGACCCUAGGUUCUACUGGCCAGCGGUUGCAGGCGACAGUUUCCAUGGUGCUUUUCUGGAGGUGGCAGGGGCCGUGGCUGUCCCCUCCUGUCCUGGACAGUCUGGCCUUGCAUUGUGGGAAGGGACCCUACCCCUUUUAGCAGAGCCUGCGCUGGGCCACAGGGACUCCUGUGCACCCCUGUCCUCAGUGCCCAGCCCCACACACGCCAAGAGGGGUGUCAGUCUAUCUGUCAUGGUGCCCAAACCCAUCCCCAGGAAGGGCCUUGCCCCUUAGAGGCCCACUGACACCCCACAGUUCCUGGCAGCUUCCUGCAGUUUGGGGUUCAGGACAAGUUCCCUCCUCCCUACACAGGCCCACCUGGGAGGCUCUGCUAGGUGCAAGGCUGACCCAAGGACCAGGUCUCUCCCCUGGGCAUCACAGCCAGGAGAGCUAGGAGGCUGUCACCCUCCUGCCUGGUGGAGGUAAUGACUCUCAGCCCUCAGCACCGCAGCUGCCCUGAAGCAGGGGAGGGGCAACAGCAGCCCCCUGUGCCUAUGGUAGGUCCAGGGGUGGGCUCUGCUGGCCCAGGAGGGAGUCACUCUGCCUCUUUCCACCCACAUGAUGGGAUGGGCCAGGUCUACCCUGUCCACUUGGGGGCAGGUACAGCAGCCACUGCCUGUGUCCCACCCUUACUGCCUCCACUCUCUGAGCCUCUCGCAACAUCCCUGCCCCAUCCCUGCCCAGCACCCUGGGGACCCUUCUCUUGUCGCACGAGUCAGAACUCCACAGUAAAUUAAACAAUAGUGAAACCA